AUGGCUCAGAAAGUAUACCCUAGCGACGGCGACAUGAUCGCAGAGGUCGGUGAAGGCAUCACGGUGCGACGAUUAGUAAGACUCCAGUGUUCACAUUCGCGAAUCUCGUUUGACCAGAGGACAGCGAGAGGGCGAUGCUUCGUCAUUGUCGCGGCACGCCGACAAUCCGAACAUCAGGAAGUACAUGAGAGAUGGCUUCGUAUGCCUCGUUCGUCUUCCCUCGCAGUCGAUGGAAACUGACUUGUUAGCCCAACCCAUACAGUGAAGAAGCAUCGAAAGCUUGGAUCGAUCGCAAUUCCGACCCCAAGACACACGUUCGAUCGGGCAGAUGGACACCGGAGAAGGGGGCAGAGGGGCCUGCGAUUCCGACGCACUACACGAUAGCCGUCCAUGGUGAGGCGUGCGGAGGCAUCGGCCUCGUCUUCGGCCAAGGUAUGUCUUCGUCGGCCCUCUCAUGCACCGCGGUGUCUUGGUUGACGACGUGCUGUCUGUCCUUCCACAGACGUCUACUUCCGAACCGCUGAACUGGGAUACUGGCUCUCCCAAGAGCAUUGGGGCAAGGGCGUCAUGUCGCGUGUAGUCCCAGCCUUCCUCGAGUGGUCAUGGAAGACUUUUGGCGUGCUUGUGCGUCUCAACAGCGGCGCUUACGACUUCAACAGCGGCUCGCAACGGGUCCUGGACAAGGCGGGGUUCGUGUACGAGGGCAGGCGCGCGGAUAUCGCCUACAAAGAUGGCAGGAUUGUGGGCGAGGUCCUGUACGGCGCUCUGCGGCCCGGCGGACCCGAGAUGUGA